CAUUCAUUCAUUUCGGUCACCCCACAACAUAUACCACCUUCACUUACAGUUAUAGCAAUCUUUUCUUUUUCCUCCUUCGAUCUAAGCAACCAUGGCAAAAAAUUUAGAUUUAGACUAUGCCUACCAAACCAGGCCUCCUAGUUUCUUGAACACUAUCUUCAUGUACACUGUGAACAUGGCUGCUAAGUCUCUUGUUUCAGUGGCACAAACCUCCAAAUUAGCUCAAGACACAGAUAAGAAGUGGAAGACAACUGAUCAUUUGAAGUUCAUGGUUAUGCUCAUGACUUGGGGUAUUGUGUGGGUUCUUAGGGUUUUGAUGGAUCAUUUCCCGUUGAUUACAUAUUCAUCUUCUUAUCUUCUCCAAGGAUUCUCUUCAUCUCUAGGAUCCUUUUACUCUUUGAUACCAUCAUCUUUAUCUCCUCCUUCUUCAUCCUUGUCCUUAUUGCCUUCCUCUGGCUCUUCACUUGAAGAAAUUCUCUAUGAAGAAGUUGAUGGACCCUCCAUUAAAGCCCUUGGCAGAUCACUCACACAUAUUUUGGCCCUCCUAAAUGACAUACCCGCCACUUCAAGUAAAUACCAGUUUGCAAUGACAAUGGCUGACACAAUAAUGGAAGACAAUGCCCAUCACCAUCAUUCUGAACUCCUCCAAGUCAAUCAAGCUGCUCUAUCUUUAGCAUUCGGUCGUACUUUAGCACUUCUAUAUCGGUCCCUUCAAAUUACAACCCAAUCCCAAGACAACUUCGGCGGUUGGCCCUUUCGCACCAUCAAGGCACUGCCCUUCGGUUCUUACGUUGCGCCAUGCGUUAAGGGACUGAGUUUCUGCUUCAACACAGUGAUGUCUUUGGUUGACAGAGGCGUGUCUCAGUUGCACAAGAAGAAGGAAGAAGGAGCAGACGAGUAUGGCGAAGUGAUGGCAGAGAAAUUGGCACAUGAAUUGUUGUGGAUAACAAACAGACUAAGGGCUUAUGGAGCUGUCGAUCAGGCCUUGGUGCAGUGGAGCCAUGCAUCCGCUCUUGCUUCUCUUUCUCUCACAGCUACACCCAGAGUCCAGGGCAUCAUUCUUAAGAUUUCAGGUAUACUAUUCGGAGAUCUGAAUCAGCAGGAUGACUACUUGAUCACAAGGGAAGUAAAGUUCAAGUUACUAGUGCUAUGGAUUCCAUUGUUCUGCCAUGCAAAUAAUGGUGUUGCUUAUCCAAUCUUGUCUAGCUUUGAGAAGGUUGAGAUACAAAGAGCAAUGAAUGAGGCCAUCUCCAGCUUGCCUGCAAUUGAUCAAGAAGUGAUCCUCACAAAUUGGGUACAAGACUUUGCAGUUUCAGCCUCAGAUUGGCCAAAUCUUCAACUUUCUUAUGAUCGAUGGUGCCAAUCUGCUCGCCAGAUGCUUACAUGAAUUUACAAUCCGAAACAUUUCUAUUGCAUUUCUGUUUUAUAAAUAAAUAAAAGCAUGCACGUGCAUCUGCAGCUGCAAGCCCUGUGUUGUCUAUAAUUGUUAUAUGUAAUAAUGCCAGCAGCUUUAUUUACUCAA